AAAUGUAAUAAAUACCAAUAAUCAAUCAUCAUUUUGAAGCAGAAAUUGGCAGUUUUGCUUUUUGAAACCCGAUCUGAUUGACAAAGGGGUUUUACCAGGUAAAGCAGGUGUAAAGACUAACUUGUGCCAGUGAAAGCGGGAAAAGGCGUUGCGUAGUUAAAGACAAUCAUCAUGUAGCCUGCUAGACUAAAUAUAGAACAUUCCAAGUUAGUCAGUCACAGCAAGGUUUUAGUUUACACAUAUAUAUAUAUUGGCUUCAGAACUUGUGAAGAUGGAAGGCAGACGGACCAAAUUAUAUCUUUUUGAGAAUCCAAGUUCAGAAUUUUGGACAAUUCAUAGGACAAUAAAACUAAAAUGUUAAAACCACUUUGGUUCCUAGCUGUCUUCAUAAUUAACGCAGAUAUCAUCUAAUGUUUCCAAGACAAGUGAUGUUUCAGAUAUAUUCUACGGAGAAACACAUGCAGAAUUAUGAUAUGUAUCUUCACCAGUGCUAACUAAUAGGAAUAUAUACAUGUAGAUCAGAUCAAGAUGUGACUGAACAAAGAAUUGUGAAUUACUGAGGUGUGAAAAUGAUCAAAAUGUGACUGAACGAAGAACUGUGAAUUACUAAAGUCUGAAUAUAAUCAAAAUGUCGGAUGAGGAAAUGACAUAUUCAUCCCGACAUAUAGAACAACUUUUACAAUGUUCUAUAUGUCUGGAUCGCUUUAAAACACCCAAACUGUUACCAUGCCAACAUACAUACUGCCAGUCACCAUGUCUUGAGCAACUUGUGAACCCCAGAACACGCAUGAUACGAUGUCCAGAAUGUCGGGCAGAUCAUCUUGUGCCACGGGGCGGUACAGGAUCUUAUCCAAACAACAUCACGAUCAUGGGUUUCAUGGAUUUACCAAGAUUAGCUCCAGGUAUAGAAUCAACUGCUACGACAACCCAUCGAGAUGAAGGAGGUAUCAUGCCGACUAAGAAAGUAGAGAAACCAACUGACACAAGUAGUUCUGGAAUGAUGUCAUCAGUAUGCUGUUCAGCUGGUUAUAAUGAUGACUUUUCUGGUGGAUCAAGCUAUGAAGCACCAGUAGUAGUAGCACCACCACCACCAAGGACAACCUGUAGUGGAUGUUUUCGAAAUAGUCGCCUGAGUGCCUGUAACCAUUGUCAACAACAGCUAUGUGAAGCGUGUUGUCGUCAGCAUAUGGAACAAAUCAAAGUUGAAAUUGAACGAAUGAUUUAUAGAAUCAAACGUGCCUUACCAAAAAUAUCUAGUGCCAUUGAUGAUAUCGGUUAUAAAGGAAAUCAAUCACAACUAAAAUGUCAAAAUGCCAAAACCGAAAUUACCGAUAUCUUUGAAAGGCAUCUUCGAGAGUUUGAAGCGCGACAAAGAUUUCUUAUGGCAGAAGUAGAUGCCUUUCUUUUCGCUGAACUAGAAAAUCUAAGAAUACAACAAGAGAACUUAGAAGUUGAACUUGCCAGUAUGGCAAGUUUUUGUGACUCUUCAGAAUCUGCUAUUGGUCAUGGCAGCCGUUUAACAGACACAGAAUUAAUGCAGCUUCAUGAACAAUGUCAGGAAAAUUCAGACACCAUGCAAAGUUUCGAAGGCAGUCAAAUUCGACGGACUGGUUUGCGGCAGAUUGACGUCAAAGCAGAAAACCAAUUGUUGACUGAUGCCAUUGCAGCUUUUGGAGAAGUUGAAAUUAUAGGCCGACCUAUAUCUGCUCAUAUCAACAACAGAAUGGAUGGUCAACGCUCCUACGAGAGUCGGUUAGCCAGCAGAUUAGUUGAUUUAGCACGGCCAGAAAGAAGUCUUUACCAAAGUAGACCAUCUUCAAGAAAUGUAGAUACUGAUUAUGCCUUAUCUGUGAUUGGGAAUCAGAGUCCUUUGGCUGUGUCACCUGCCUCACAACGACGUCAGACAUAUCUCAGUUCCAGAGACCAGCAUCUUUCCGCAGAUGCAGCUGAUCUGUACGAGAGCAGAAGUGGCAGAAAUACAGGUGGUGCUGUGUCAAGAGUUCCAAGACGUCGUCCACGGCGGGAACACCAUUCGGAUACUAGAAUAGCAGGAAUAAUGGGAGGGGAUGAUAGUGCGUAUUCCAGAUACAGACGCAGAAGUCUUGGUGGUGCCCUUUCUCCUCCACGGGAAGCAGAGGAUUUUGAUGAUGAGGAAUCACCUCUACCUCUAACCAGAGGCCAGACAUUUUCUAGAGAUCCUUUACAAAUAUCUCCUAGGAAUCCACGACGACCUGUUCGUUAUGAUAUCGCUUUCGAUAAUGGAUCUUCAACAGAAUCACUUGAUGAUGACAACUCAAGUAAUUCACGUCUGCGCCCAAAUCCUUACCCCAAUACAAAUAAUCGCACACAAACCCAAACUCAAAGCCAAACUCAACCUCAAAAUCAAACUAACAGUCGUAGCAAUAGAGGUAAUGUUGAACCGCGUAAUAAGUACAAUCAAAAAGGACGUGCAAUAAUUCGAUUCGGUUCUCGGGGAAACGGUCAGCAUGAAUUCACAUGGCCACGAGGCGUAGCUGUAUCUCCAAUUGACGAUACUAUAUAUGUGGCCGACAGUAGCAAUCAUAGAGUUCAAGUUUUUGACAAUACUGGCCGAUUUUUACGAAGUUUUGGAUCCUAUGGAACAAACGAUGGUGAGUUUGAUUGUCUGGCUGGAAUAACUGUCAACACCUUAGGUCAGGUGAUUGUCUCAGAUCGCUAUAAUCAUCGUAUUCAAGUGUUUGAUCAUAAUUAUUCUUGCAUCACAUCAUUUGGUGAGGAAGGAACGGCAGAAGGACAACUGAAUUAUCCAUGGGGUAUUGCGUGUGAUAACAUGGGCUUUAUUUAUGUCUGUGAUAAAGAAAAUAACCGUAUUCAGGUCUUUCAAUCAAACGGCAACUUUGUUCGUUGUUUCGGUGAAAUGGGAAGUAGAGAUGGCCAAUUUGAUAAUCCCCAAUAUGUUGCUGUUAGCCCUGAUAAUAAAAUCUACAUAAGUGAUAGUAGUAAUCAUCGAAUACAAGUAUUCAGCAUGUAUGGAGAUUUCUUAUUUAGUUUUGGUUCGUCUGGAACCCAGAAUGGACAAUUGAAAUAUCCCAGAGGAGUAGCGAUUGAUUUUCAAGGUUUUGUGGCUGUGUCAGACAGCGGAAAUAAUCGCGUACAAAUAUUUCGACCAGACGGAACAUAUUAUUCCAUGUUCGGUAGCUGGGGUAAUGAAAACGGACAAUUCAAAGCUUUGGAGGGAUUAGCUAUUCUAGCCAAUGGAAAUAUAGUAGUGAGUGAUCGAGAAAACCAUCGAAUUCAAAUAUUCUAAAAAGUGUCUGUGAUAAUUUCUCGAAUAAUCAACUGCUAUAAUGUAAAUCUAAUCUUCCAAUCUUGUGAAUUUUUAAAGAAUUGAUUAAUUUAUAUAAGAGUAUUGAAUUUGAGACUUGGAUAUAGAUUAUAUUCAUUAACGUAUGUAUUAUUUAUAUUAGUGAGUUUGGACAAUUUGAUCUCUGAUAUUUUAUGAGUGCAUGAAAGUCCAAAAUUGUUGACAAAGAUACAUCUUUUAACAUUUAUAUAGAUAAUCAUGUAAAAUGAUUUCAUCUAAUGCAUUUUGUUUGUGAAAAAUGAAGUUAAUUUGAAAUGUCUGCUAAAAUAUGGAAUAUCAUUAUACAAUAGUACUUAGCAUUACUCAAAAUUAAAAAGCUCCAUGUUAAGUUGCCUUUCUGUUGAUGCAAGGCAAAGAGAAAAUCACUAACAUAUUUUUGUUCAAGUCUUCUUCAAUAAGUGAAAGGCCCUGGUGUAUUUCUCUGAAGCAGUGUGUGGGGUUGGGGGAAUGGUUAGCGUGUGCGUCUUGUAUCAUAAGGUCUUUGAUUGAGUCAACUAGCGUGGUUUCGAUUCCCCAGUUGUAUGUAACAAGGAGUAGGGUCGCCUGUCCAACCUUUUGUGUUUUCUCCGCAUUCUCUCCGGUUUCCUUCCACUGCGAAAGACCCCUACGUGCAAUCGAAUUAUUGAAAUGAAAUUGAACCACAAGUUAGUCCAGAAAUGAGCUAGAUUUUGUCGAGUGGACGUUAAACCCCAUUUCUCUCUCUCUCUCUCUCUCUCUGUGAACCAGUCAUGUUUUAUAAUGCACUUUACUGAUAUUUUAUUGCAAAUGGUUGAGUCAGCUGUAACAACCAAAAAUUUAAGUAUGUUUAGAAAAGUGGUUAUUGUUGAAUGAAUAUAACCAUCCCAUAUAUACAACAAAUAUAAAUCCUUUGUAUUAUUUAUAAUCAACUAGUACUGUCCAUUCCAAGUGUCUGAUACAGGAUUUUCAUUUUAAAAUUUUACCGGAUCGACUAUUUUUCACAUUUUUUUGUUGACAUGUAUUAAGAUUUACCAGGUUUUUUUUAGACUAUCAAUUUAAAUGUCAAUGUUAAGUGCUUUGCAUAUGUAACCUACAGAUUUAAUACAAGUAUUUCUCUCAAAUAUCAGAUGUUAUUAAUAACUACAGAUUUAAUAUGAGUAUUUUUUCAAAUUAUGUCUAAAUUGACUGUGGGGAAAGUUUGCUAAUGUUUACUCUCCUGCAAUAUUGAAAUUUAUUUAAUUUGUAUUGUAAUUUUCUUCCACUAUCAUUGUGCUGUAUUUGCUUGAUCAUAAUAACUGCAUGAGUUUUAUUUAUGCAUAUUUUAAGAAACAAUCGAGACCAUUUCUACAAUUAAGUUAUGAUAUAGACAUGGUAGAUGCUGUAAAGUAUGAAUUUAUUGUCUGCAAAACAAAUUAAUUGUGAAAGUCCCAUCUUUAUUACCCCAUUAGGGCAGGAAAGUAGGACGUUAAACCCUAUUUCAUUUCAUUGUGAAAGUCAAACCGUGGCAUUUUGAUUUAAAGACCAACAGUUUUUAUCAGAGUUAUAUGCCACUGCAUUUAGAGAUGUUCACAGAUGUAAUUCCAUAACAAGGGGCCUUAAUCCAUGUAAUUUUAACCACAGGCCUUUCAUUUAAAUUAUGUAGAAACAAUUAGUGUUAAGUGAAAUAAAAUCUGUGAUAAUUGAAUAAUUUGUUUAAGACAGUUACAUGUAAGAGCUUGCUGUAUUUUAAAUUAAUAUUAAUGUUUUUGAGAUUCAUAACAUUUUGUUUUUACUUGCUUACUUGCUGAGUUUUAUUAUGAGUAUGGUCUCUCUUUUGAAAUAAAUGUGUUGAGUAACAAUUGCUUUGAUUGCAUCAUACUCUGUGCAAUUUAUGAGACCUAAUUGGUCAUCAUACACAGCUAUUUUGGGUGAAAAAUACAAAUUUCAACCAAUCAUACUAGGUUUAACCAAACUAAUCGGGAAACUGGUUAAUUGAAACAUGGUAUGUCAAACUACCAUGGUGGAUGAAGUGCUCUAAAGAUCUGUCAGGAGUUGAAUGCUAAAUGGUUAUUAGCCUUGAUGGCUUAUAUUAAAUUUUUGGUUUAUAGUAAUUUUUUCUGUUAUGAUUAUGUUGAUGAAGCAAAUGCUGAUAAACAUAACUAGUUAAAAUAAUUUGUUGUAGCUGUAUACUCUUGUGGGGUAAAAUAUUAUUUAUUUAAAAAAAAGUCUUUCAUGUUACAGAAUUUGAAUGGUUUACUUCUGCUGUUUAACAUAUAUCUAUUGUUUGUUAUUGUUAUGUAAAUGUUCAUUUUGUUUAAAUCCGCAUCAGCAUUACGUUUUCUACUACCAUAAAAUGAAAUUUUACGGUGAAAAACCUAAUCAAAAGUUAUUGUGUUUAUUUUUAUACUGAUUACCGGUACAAUUUAUUUUCUUAGUCAGCAUUAUAAACAGUUUUAUCACUGAUGGAGAGAUUUCAAAAACUACUUUUAUCAAAUGACCACAUGGAAACACAUGUAGAUUUUAAAAUUUUAUUGGGCUGUAAUCUGUUGUUUGUUAUCCUCUCAUCAGAAUUUCUCAGCAAUUCAACAGUACCACAUUAAUUCCUCUGCAUUAUUUAAACAUAAACACAGGAACUCUUACAAAUCCAUAUAACCAGUAAUAUUUGACAAUGUAAGUUUUACUGUAUUACAUUAAAAGUUGGUUAACUUUAGCAGAUACAGGGCCUAAUAGAGUGCAAUCUCUCAGAACCUACAGUUUCAACACUGAUACGUGCAAUAUUCUUGAAUAAUGCCCAUUGUGUAUAUUAUCUUGUUAACGUCACUAUCUUCUUUGCGUGGCUUUAGCAAUUGACACACAAAAACAUACUUCGAAGCCAUUUUAAGAAUUUGAGUUUUCAAAGGUAUUUGGAAAAUGUGGAGGUUUAUGUGGUUGUGUGAGAGAGAGUUUAAUAUCCACUCGAUGCAAACUAGGUCAUUUCGGGACUGACAUAUGGUUCAGUUUUAUUUCAGUAAUUCACUUGUGUGUAGGGGUCUUUAGCAGUGGGGAGGACAUAGAGAAAACCCACAAGGUUGGAAAGAUGACCCUACUCCUUGUCAUGUACAACCGGAGAAUCAAGAGGUUUUUAAGAAUAAGUUCGUAGUUGGCCAUAAUAAACCAUGGUGUAACUCUGUGAAAAGACUGGACAUUGCUGGUUUGUAUAAACUAAUAACAGAAUUGCUACUUUCGUUAUGAUUUAAAUCUCUUCAGUAGCAAAACGAUUAAUGCUAUGAUUUUACUGUUGACAUUUAUACAAUAUUGCUACUUUCAGUGUGAUUGAAAUCUCUCUAGUAGCAAGAAAGAUUAAUGCUAUGAAGUUUUACUGUGGACAUGAAUACACAUGGAGUCUGAUACUAGUCUGAUGUUAUAUAAAUUAUUUGUAUAUCUGUUGUUAUAAAUGUUGACAUUUUUAAAUGUGAGUGCCAAAUAUUUAUUAUGUAAAUAUGUUACAGUAUAUAAUCAUCAUCAUUAAAAUAUAUUAUACUAA